AUGGCAGGAGGAAAACAUCAAGCGUUCACGUACGCGACGAUCGUGGGUCUCACCGGCGGCGCUGGCUACGUGCUAAAGCGCCACAUUCCGUCGCUCGUAGGUGGCAUCGCACUGAGCGUCGGGUUUUUGGGCGCAGGGCUGCUGGUGCUUACGGAUACCAUCACGGACCACCAUUUCGAGCACGGCACGUCGCUGGCCAUGUCGGGUAUCAUCACGAGCGUGAUGGAACGCCGUGCGGCUCUAACUGGGCUCCGUGCUCCAGCGCUGAUCGCCACGGCGGGUGCAAUGUCGGCGGGUUACCACGUUCACCAACUCAGCAACCCACCACGCAAAUUGCGCUACAUCCCUGGCGCCCCACCAGUGCCCAGUAGCUACGAUUAA